GGAAACAUAACGAUUUCUCCACCUCACAGUCCACAAAAAGCUACUUCUCAUACUCUUCUUCUUCUCAUCUUCUCCUCUGCCAUUGUUGGCCAAACUUGGAGGUUUAUCUUUUUAUUUCCCCCAAGGAGUUGAAUGCCUUCCGAAGGAUUUUUUUUGGGGGUUGGAAAAUCUUUAGUGCACUUCUUGAUGUAGGUUCUAGUUAUGCAUAUGUUUAGCGGAUGACAAUCUACCAAUUGUGUCAGUAGCCUGCACCACUUUGAUUUCUCCAUUCAUUCUGGGAUAGUGGAAAAUAAAUUUCAAUAGGAUGUGUAGUUUAAGCAUAGGCUCCGGGUCAAUUACGAAUCCUGCUUUUCAGCCAUGCAAACUCAACUCAAAUUUCAGUUUCCUCAGUAAGAUGCCACUUCACUUUUUUCAAGUAUCUAAGAGACCAUCAAAAGAUCAAUAUAGAACUUGUCGUUUUCCGAAAUGCCCAGUUUCAGAGAGCUCAAUAUCUUCACCAGUGGAAGCUGAAAUUGCUGAUGAAGGAGAUGAUCCAACUGCAGAAUUACGUUAUCUUGAUCCAGAAGUUGAUCCUCAAAGCAUUUCAGAGUGGGAAUUGGACUUCUGCUCUAGGCCAAUCCUUGAUAUCAGAGGAAAGAAGAUAUGGGAGCUUUUAGUCUGUGAUAAUUCACUUUCACUUCAGUAUUCAAAGUAUUUUCCAAAUAAUGUUAUCAAUAGUGUCACAUUGAAGAAUGCUUUAGUAUCAAUUUGUGAUGAAUUUGGUGUACCUCUACCUGAGAAGAUCCGCUUUUUCAGGUCACAAAUGCAGACAAUAAUCACCCGCGCAUGCACCGAGCUUGGAAUAAAACUGAUUCCUAGUAAACGGUGUUUAUCACUACUUCUUUGGCUUGAAGAACGCUAUGAAACUGUUUAUAUGCGUCACCCUGGUUUCCAGAAGGGAGCUAAGUCACUUCUUGCACUUGAUAAUCCUUUUCCCAUGGAACUUCCAGAGAAUCUCUAUGGAGAAAAAUGGGCUUUUGUGCAAUUACCAUUUUCUGCAAUUAAGGAAGAGGUGUCAUCCUUAGAGAAAAGAUAUGCUUUUGGUGCUGGUCUAGACUUGGAUCUUUUGGGGAUUGAAGUUGAUGACAAGAAUUUGAUUCCUGGACUUGCUGUUGCAACUUCACGUGCUGUACCAUUAGCUGCAUGGAUGAAUGGCUUAGAAGUCUGUUCAGUCGAAGCUGAUCUUGCUCGAGCUUCCUUGAUUCUAUCUGUUGGAAUCUCUACCCGGUACGUUUAUGCCACCUACAAAAAGACACCUGCAACUACAAGUGAAGCUGAAGCGUGGGAAGCAGCAAAGAAGGCCUGUGGAGGCUUGCAUUUUAUUGCCAUUCAAGAUGAUCUAGAUUCAGAAGACUGUGCUGGAUUUUGGCUCCUAUUAGAUUUGCCACCUCCGCCUGUAUAACAUUCGCUUAAGCAAUAUACAAUGUACUCGUACAAAUUUUUGGCAGUAUAAUGUUUUUUGGACCCCGAUGCUGAAAUGAAAGAGAUUUUGGUGAAUGUUUACA